CUUACUGAAUGUCAUGCGGAAAAAUGUUUCCGAGUUUUUAUCAACAAUUUUGCGGAAAUACUUGUGCCCGAGCGAAUCUUUUUAUAGUGCCUUCUUCCAAAUAAUUUGUUACAUCUAUUAAAAGGAAUUUUAGUAUAGAUACAAACACUAGCUAGAUACAAACACUAGCUCACAUUGCAGAGAUGAAGUGAUCGAUAUUUAUUGUGAUAUUUUAUUAUCAACUGGUGUCAUUUCUGGUACAUGGUGGAAAAUUUGCUGUUAUACUGCUUCUGGAGGAGUUUUUCCUUAGGAUGGACGUUAUGGGUAGCGGAUAGAGAUCUUUCUAUCAGGGAAAAAUGAAUCGAUCCUGCCCUCCGCAGAUUCCAGGCCAUCUUUGACCCGGAAAGCUAGUAUCUUCUAGGGUCCGUUAUCCAGAGGUAUGGAUAAGGACCAUCCUGGAAGUUUUUGUUUGUUUGAGGACACCUUUUCGUGCCACUGGCCAUUGUCACGUGAAAGUGUUUACACUGUACUACCACCAUGUCAAUGCUGGCAUAUUUAUGGUACUGGUGCCAGCUACUGGAUACUUGUAAAUUAGCCUUAAUGGUGAGUCGGAGAAACAGCAAAUUAUAUUCAAGUAUAAUGUUAGUGAUGAUUUCUUGAAUAAUUUAUGAAUUGUUGAUAUGGCUUCGGAUAUAUCCAGGCGUCGAUUCUGAUGUACGAACUGUCCAGAUUUAUUGUACGAUUUUAAAUUCGAUUGGAAGUAAAGUGUUUACACUGUGCUACCACUAUCCCAAUGCUGGCAUAUCAGUAAUACUGGCGCCAAGCUACUGGAUACUUGUUAAUUCGCCUUAAUAAUGUGAUUAAUGUUAGUGAUGAUUUCUUGAAUAAUUUAUGAUGUGUUGAUGUGGCAUCGAAUACAUCCAGGCUUUGAUUCUAAUGUACGAACUGUCCAAUCAUCACUUUGCGGCCAUGUUGAAUUUGGAAAAGUUAAUGUUAAGAUAACCUAAGAAUAUGAGCUGAGCUGUGCUAGCCAAAUGGAUGUCUUUCGGGAUAUUCAUUUGGGGGCUUGGUCGGUUCAUCCUGGUAGAUUCUGGGUAUUGGGUCGCGAGUGAUAGUCAAUUUUUAACUCGUAUUUAAAGAGUAACAAUUGCUCGAAAGAAGUUUGUCAUUGAAACCAUCUAUAAUGAGGUACUGCGACUGAUGCAGCUCUAAAUCGAAGAUCUUGGAGAUAAAUUCCAUUGGUUUAUAAGUCCAGAACGAGACUGAACCAGGUUAGUGCUAGGCCUAGUUUAGAUAUAGUCGGCCUUCGUGAGUAUCUAAUAGUGAAUAUAGGCCCUCUUAGAUGUGCGUUAUUGAAGUCGGAAUUAUUCGAAAAAUUAAACAGCUUUUUUUGCUGUCGGUCGAGGUCCGUUAUGAUUGUUUUCUUUAAUUAUUUUCUUCAGAUAGCUUUAGGUGUGAGACGAUCUCUAAGAGGACUAACGUUCUCCUUAUAAGUCCUCAAGAAGUAAAGAAGAUGGAGUUGAACUCUAAAGGGGGUUAAUGUCGCCCUUAUGAGUCUUCACGGAUAAAUGGAGGGAGGAAGACUAAUUUAAUAAAGGAUAAAAGGAACACUUGAGAUGAAGUUUCUUUUUGUAAAAGAUGCAAAAGAGAUUGGCACCCGUGGAAAAUAUAUCACCUAUUCAGAAUUGUUCACUAUAGAGAAGAAAAGUGUGAAGUUAGUAAGACGUAUUAAUUAGAGAAUCUAGUAGCAGUUGGCCACUUAUUGUUUUCCUAAGACUGUAUAAGCAACUGUGCCACGAAAAGAUGACCCUCCUUGCAAAAAUUUGAAGAUGACAGGUGACUGUGAAGCAAUAAAUACAAAAAAAGUGAUGAAACGGUGCAAAAUCUGGAAGUGAAAACCUACGCUCAGGACUUUCCUGAUAUCACCAAAUGUAGUAGGACGGUGAAAUGCAACAGCGGACAAAAUGCGCGAAGUAAAAUAUCUCAUGCACUAUGCCCUUAGUAAACGUAAAUUUAUUAUCUUUGGUACGUAGGUGCGGUGCAUUAUGAGACAGCAUUCGUACGCGCAUGCGCCAGCUACGGCCCACCCCGCUCAGCGCGUCGUCGAAUCAUAUGGCGUCUACCACGACCCACCACACUGUGUCCCAAACUAUCAUGAUUCACAUAUCGACCGAUAUCACGACCGAAAUUACGAAACCCAUAUUACCUAUACCGACCCGUUAUGCGUAGACCGCGUCAAGUAUCACAAUAACGAGCACACCGACGCUUACGUCACGCAGAGAGCGCAAAUAUCGCGUGCCGGAGUCAUAGUGAACGCGUCGGGUAAUAGUUCUUUAGUGCGCAGUUCGGUGGCGCCGCACAACAACGCGGCGCAGACGAACAGCAACAAUAUCGCGCAGCAGCCGCAGGCGUCAACGCAGAAUGCCAAUAAUUCUAGUGCGCAGCAAGGGCAGACUUGGAAUGAGGGGGAGGAGACUGAAAGUACUUUUUGUUGCGGCUGUCAGGACCAGCGAAAAGUACAGUCGACUGCUGCCAGUAACAGUGCGAACAGGACUUCGCUGUGGGCAGUGUGGUGUAGACCAACUAUUUUACUGCUAAUGUUGGUACUGGUGGCGUCGAUUUUCGUUUUGGCGUCUGGUAUUAUGCUGUAUUAUCACUAUAUUCAUCAGUACAAUCCCAGAAUCAACCAGGCUCCAGAUCCUGAGAAUUAUUGGAACUUACAAGGUCAUGAAUAUGGCAUGGAUUAUCCAGAACCGUGUGAGAAGACAUAUUGCGCCUGGGGUGCCCAAUGUGUGAACGCUCCUGACGGGAAGGCCCUUUGCCAGUGUCCAACAUCAUGCAAGUCCAAAAGCGAACUUGUCUGCGGGACCGAUAAUGUGACAUACGAAAACCAAUGUCUGCUGCGACUUGCUUCAUGCAAGGCUCGCCUUGAUACCAGAGUUAAACACAGCGGACAGUGUAUCGAGAGCGAUCUGUGCAGAGACAAGAAUUGCGGUUUCGGAGCCCGAUGCGUUGUGAGCCCGGACGGCCGGAACGUCAGCUGCGUCUGUCCGGAGAAAUGUCACAACUAUGGCGACCACGUCUCCUCUCAUCCCCUGUGCGGUUCCGAUGGCGUCGACUACAAAAAUAAGUGCGAACUGGAUCGGGCUGCCUGCAAAUCAAAUACCAACAUCACAGUUAAAUUCAACGGCAAAUGCGAUCCUUGUUCUGGUGUGGAAUGCACGGAGCCGGAAAUAUGCCAGUUAGACGCUCAGCGUAAUCCAGUGUGCCGUUGCGGCGAUACCUGUCCCUUAGAAUUCACUCCGGUGUGCGGUUCAGAUGGAAAAACCUAUUCCAACGAGUGUACUUUGCGACAAGAGGCUUGCCGGACCAGGAAAACCCUCAAUAUUAUUUACCGAGGAAAAUGCAGUUCAGGCAUAAAUCCGUGCAUGACCGCCCGAUGCACCUCAGGCCAAGAAUGUUCGAUAAACAAAUACGGAAUAGCGGAAUGCGUGUGCCCGCCAGAAUGCGAGCCGACAAUGAGGCCAGUAUGUUCCAAGGACGGCCGGACAUUCCCGUCCGAGUGCGAGCUGAAAAGAACGUCCUGCCUGGCCAGGACGACGAUAGAAAUCGCCUACACGGGCCUGUGUGGCGAGAAGGGCCCCUGCAGCGAUCACGAGUGUCAAUACGGAGCCACUUGCGUCGAAAGAUCGGGCACAGCGCACUGCGAGUGUCCCCUAUGUUCGUCUGAGUUCGAUCCCGUCUGCGGCUCAGAUGGUAUCUCUUACGGAAACGACUGUAAACUGAAACUGGAGGCGUGCAAGCACAGGAGGGACAUAACGGUCCUAUACGAGGGGCCCUGCAAUGGAUGUGAAAACAAGAAAUGCGAUUUUUAUUCAGUUUGUGAAAGUGACGGAGUUACGGAAGGAAGAUGUAUAUGCCCGCAGAAAUGUACAGAUAUGAAGCUGAACAACGGACCUGUGUGUGGAACAGAUGGAGUUACUUACGUAAACGAAUGCGAGCUGAGGAAGAAUUCCUGCAAUACGAAACAGUACGUUCUUGUGGCCUAUAAAGGAAACUGCGACCUGUGCGAGAACGUCGAAUGUAAAUACGGCGCCCGAUGCGAGGCUGGCGAGUGUGUGUGCCCAACGAAUUGCCAAGAAUCCGGCAGCGAACCGGUGUGCGCUUCGAACAUGAUGACAUAUCAAAACGAAUGCGAAAUGCAAAAAGCGAUGUGUCAAGAUUCGACGAAUUACGCCGCCGCCGGUUCUCUGAGCGUCGUUUUUUACGGCGACUGCAGGGAGCGCUUUCCCAUAGGAAGCACCACGCUUCAUUCAUUACCAAAUGUAUCACCAACCGAGCUAGAACCAUCACCCACCGAUAACAUCAUCCUAAACCUCAGUAGCAACGCUAAGGAAGCUUGUAGAGACAUUCAUUGCGACUUCGACGCCACCUGUGAGCUAGGACCAGACAACUUUCCGAGAUGCACCUGUAAAUUCGACUGCGCCAGCGCAGUCCUGGCCAAUCCCCAUUCGAGCAAACCAGUUUGCGCUUCAGACCUAAGAAUAUAUUCGUCCAUAUGUGCGAUGAAAAUGGAGGCUUGUCAAAGACAAGAGGAACUGCGAUUGAGACCCCUCGAGCUUUGCCAAGGAAUGGAAGUGAAACCGUGCAAGGGAGAGAAACCUGUAACUGAUCCCGUCACAGGGCGUGAGCUAGAUUGUGGUAAUGGCCCUUUUAGGCAAGACUGCCCUUCUGGCACUUACUGCCAUCAAACAGCUCGAUUCUCGCGCUGCUGUCAUAAAGACAAGAAUUUCAUCGAGAAGAAAAGUUGCGAGGACAGCUGGUUCGGCUGUUGCCCAGAUGGCAAAAACCCAUCGCAAGGCCCUAAUUUCACCGGUUGCCCUCAGUCCUGCGGUUGUAAUAAACUCGGCGCCUACUCGGAAUAUUGCGAUGCGAAAUCUAACAAGUGCAAAUGCAAACCGGGAGUGGGAGGCGAGAAAUGCGAUAGGUGCGAACCCGGCUUCUGGGGAUUGCCCAAAAUAUCUUCUGGAUUCAAAGGAUGUUUACCUUGCGGAUGCUCUAUCUUUGGUUCUGUCAGAGAUGACUGUGAACAAAUGACAGGUAGGUGUGUUUGCAAGCCAGGCGUCCAAGGACAAAAGUGUACAGUGUGUACCAGCCAUAAUAAGGUCCUAGGCCCCAAUGGUUGCGUCUCAGGUGAUUUGCCAACGACACCGCCAUCUACGUGUAAAGAAUUGACAUGCUACUUCGGCGCAUCAUGCGUCGAGAGGAACGGAUUCGCGAUGUGCGAGUGCCACGAACAAUGUCCCCCAAACACGGAGGUGCAGAUUGUUUGUGGAAGCGAUGGACAAACCUAUAAUUCUCCUUGCGAGCUAAACGAAUUGGCUUGCAGACUACAGAAGGACAUUGUCGUUCAAGCUUUUGGGACUUGCAAGGAGGACAUGUUCCCUGGAACAGAUUGGCCCUUACGUAGGUACACCCCCCUGCAAUUCACCCAGCCCGACGAGAUCAACUCGCCCCUAUCGAAAUCCACGAGGCACUUGCUGGUGCCCGACCCUCGAUUCUAUUAUGGCAGUGCUACUAGGCCCUUAAGUUCCGAUAUUAAAGAUACCCGGGAUGCAGAUGUUGCUCUAGCUUACAGACCGACUCCGGCUACUGUGAGAAUAACGGCGCUACUGGGAGAUUUGUGUUCCAAGAGCUCGGAUUGCGUUAUUUCGAACAGUUAUUGCGUUGCGGGGGCAUGCACUUGUUUGCCUGACUUUUUCUCGUCAGAAGACAGGCAACAUUGCGUAGAAGAUUCCCGACCGACAAAAGAAUUUCGAGCAUGCAGUUCCUUUCCUUGUUUCCACUCGAGCACAUGCAUCGACCUGCCCGGGGCUACUUUCACCUGCAUCUGUGCAGACAACUACACAGGCCCAUCCUGCGAGACCGAGAUCGUCCUCAAACAAUACGAAACGCCGUCCUUCAGCGGCAGAUCCUACGUCAUCCUCAAAACAAUCGAGGCUUACAACAAACUCAUCAUCGAAAUGGAAUUCAAAUCGUACACUUACGACGGCAUGCUGCUUUACAAUGCUGAAAGCGACAGCGGCAUCGGAGACUUUGUAUCGCUGGCCCUCGUUAAUGGAUUUGUCGAAUUCAAGUACAACUUGGGCCACGGACCUGUUGUGAUGCGCUCGAUGGAUCGCAUCGAACUGGGAAAGUUUCAUCGAGUCGUCGUGAAGAGGUACAACAGAGACGGGCUGUUGAAAUUGGAUGACGCGGAUGAUGUGGCGGCGCAGGCGGCCGGAUCAACGAAAGCCCUGGAUUUGAAAACGGAUACGUUUGUUGGAUAUGUUCCUACAAAUUACACACGGGUUUUUGAAAACAUAGGAACCGACAAAGGAUUCGAGGGCUGCAUAAAGAAAAUGAAAAUCGGCAGGCAAGAGAUCGAACUCCACAUGUUCCGCGACGACAUGGUGUUGGAAACAAAAGGGAUCCACGACUGUGGGCAGCACGCCUGCGAAAAUUCGCCCUGUCUCAACGACGGUAAAUGCUCCCCCAUGGAAGACCUUUUCCGGUGCGACUGUCCUCAGCAAUUUUCCGGGAAAUUCUGCGAAAAACUCGUCGACCCCUGCAUGUCCAACCCUUGUGCGUUCGGGGCCAGAUGUAAGGCCUACGAUCAAGAUACUUACGUCUGUCAUUGUAAGCCUGGUCGAGUAGGGAAGCGCUGCGAAGUUGAAUACAAGAAUGACAAAAUGGUGAUUCCAGAAUUCAACGGUAGAAGCUACAUACGUUUGGAACUAACCAGCGUCAUAGGCACAACAUUCUCGUUUGAACUCUCCUUUAUGCCUAAGGCGCCAAACGGUUUAAUUUUUUAUUGUGGUGAAAUACGAAACAAUGUUAAUAAUUUCAUUUCUUUUAAUAUUGCUCGCGGCUAUUUACAUUUCCGAUUUAAUUUGGAUGGAGCAGCUUUGGACUUAAUGAGUGCGGAGCCCAUAGUCAUCCGCAAAUGGCACCAUGCCCGCAUAUCACGCAAAGGAAAAGAGGGUAUUUUACAAGUUGACAAUUCCAGCAUAGUUUUUGGUCAGUCCGGCGCCCCCAUUCGUGGGGACUACGCCCUCCCUGCGCCUCUCUACGUUGGAUCCUUUCCCGGCAUCGCUGACGAAAACAACAAUCUGCUCCCCCUGCUCGAGUCGAAUAAGGGGUUUAGAGGAAUAAUUCAAGGAUUCGCCCUAAAUGGAAGUCCUUUGCCGAUAACAAACAUAUUACAAGACUGCUCCAAUGCUCCAGCGAACGAUAGUUGUUCAUCCAACGUAGGGCUAUAUGAAGGAUUACCAUGUCCGGUAUAUAAAAAUCCUUGUCUAAACGAUGGUAUUUGCGUACCGAAUCUGGACCAUUACACUUGCCAGUGUCAGCCCAAUUUUAGAGGCAGGAGAUGUGAGAUCGAAAAUCAUAGUCCAAUUAAAUUUACUGGAAACACCCACUUACAGUACAAAUUGAAAGGUUUUAGAAGCAAUAACUUUACUGAUUUCGAAAACGAAAUCAGUAGCCAUGCAAAGGGAAAGGAAACUAACAACUUUGAUUACGAGGAAGAUGUAGAACUAAGGAAAUCAGAAUUAGGCAACGAUUACAAGUUGGAAAUUCAAACUUUUGUGGCUGACGGAUUGGUACUGUGGCGAAGCCGAACGAAGAGAGUGGCGAGGGAAUAUUUUGCCGUUGCCAUUGUAAAUGGCGUCCCCGAAGUUAGCUUUAACUUGGGCAAAGAUAAACGAUUCUUCUCGAUCCGCGCCACAAAAAGAAUAGAUGAUGGCCAUUGGCACACGGUGCACGUAAAAAGGAAAAAGAGAAUCGGAAUGAUAUCCGUGGAUGGGGAAAGAGUCACUCGGGGCAGAUCGAGUCCUGGAUCCAAGAAUCUGCGGACUACCUCGAAAUUAUGGAUUGGCGGAAGUUCAUCACUGCCACCCAGUCUACCGGAAGCGUACUACAAAGGAUUCUACGGAUGUAUUAAAGAAAUGCUGGUGCACAGCAAACCUUUCAAUUUGCUGUCGAACGUAGAUAGUAAAAAACUGCAUUUCUGUCACGUCAAUGACGUCUAAUAACCCUGUUUUAUUGUAUUUUAUGUGAGACUGAAUACUUAUUAACUUUCCAUAUAAUGAUUUUGCUUAGAAAAGUAAAUUAUCGAUGUACAUAGUUAAGUAAUUUAACAAGAGAACAGUCGGCUUAAUGGAAUACAAAAGAAAUAAACAAAUUUUUAUCUAGUCCUGUAAAGUAACAUUAGACAUGGAGAUAGAGUACUAUAUCCCAUGAAUAAACAAAAUGUUUUUCGAUAAUGCAGAAUGAAAUAUAUGUAUUCAGAUAUACCUAAUACCAGAAAAAAAUAUAUUUUAAUACAUUUUCUCUCAUUCCUUUUAAUUCAUUCAAAAUAUUUAAUAGUUCCCAUCUCACAAUUUUAAGUUAACUUAUUAUUUCUUUAGGUAUUGUGUUUUAUAUUUGAAUAUAGAUAAUGAGCUACAUCACAAUACUUUCUUGGGUUCGGCAAAAUGAAAAGUGUGCUAAAUGCAAGUACUAGAAGCGCAUAUUUUUUUACUUGUUUUUACAAUAGCUUAUAUUGUUUUUUAUAUUAUAACAGUUAAUAUAUGGCAACAGUUAACAGUUGCACAUUAGAUAAAGUUUACGUUCAGUGAUAUCUAAAAAAAAUCUCUGUAAAUUUUGGCCAGUAACAAAUGAGGCGUCAAGUUGAAAAACUCGUUUUAUCCCAAAAACGUUUGUUUCGAGAUAAUAGUUAUUUUACAAAAAACUUAUUCGUUGAGUGAAAUCAUUGUUUUGUAUCUCAUUUUUUUAGAAAUAAAAAUUAAUAUUUCAUUUUUAAAGAGAAAAAACAAAAAUAAUUCGGAAAGACAAGUUUUGCUACAGCAAGAAAUUUGCAUCCAAACUUGAUUUAUUAGAUUUGCUGUUUUAUUAAAAUUAAGUAAGGAUUUGAAAUGGAUAAGUCGUCAGUAGUAUUUGGUAAUAAUAUUAUACUUGUGUAAAAAACCUAUGAAAAAAUGCGGGAUUUGCAACAAUAAUGACAAUAAAAAGCAAAUAUACAGAUAAGACGGAUUUUCCUGCGGUAACGUAAUUUGUAGUAAAUUUUAUAUAGGAAUAGGCGACUUCUGGCUGCAGUUUGGGACUAUGUUUAUGUAGAUUUCAGGGUCCACUAUUAAUAUAUAUAUUUUUUAAUGGAUAAGGCGGGUUUUGCAACUUGACGCCCCAGAUAUACUCAUAUCACAUAUAACUCAACAUAACUCCAACUCUAUAUGUAAGAACAGAACAUAGAUAAUGUAUUAGCAAUCUGCAAGAUUUCAGCCUAGAUUCUUAAAUAAUUACAUGGUCAAGAUAAUCUGAAAAAAAAUCUGAUAAUUACAAUGUCCUCAAUAUUUCUAUAAAAUUUACAAUUUAACAAUUUAAAAAAAUAUAUAUGUCUUCUAGCACCAUUGAUUGUGCUAAAUUAAUUAAAUAUAUAAAGAAGAAUGUGAUUGUAACAAUAAGAAUGACGUGAUAACCUUUGAUUUGCUUUCUUUUUUAUUGAAAACUUCAUUCCUAUUUUAUACAAGUCGAUUUAUAUUCUACAAUGAUCUGAAUCCUUUUCCAUAGCUGUAGUUGCUGUAUAGGAGCUGAUCCAAAUUAAUCAAAUAAUUCAUAGUCCCAUUUAAAGGUAUACGUAUUACUAUAUCAUUAAUAACAAUAUCAGAGCAACACAUAUCAAUUUAAAAAUGAGACUAAUUAUUUCCAAAAAACCACAAAUGCAUCUUUUUUAUAUUUAUCAAUUUAAAUAAAAAAUAUACAAAGAGAAUAUAUAUCGUAUCAAGACUUAACGUUAGCCAUAAAAAUGGACUUGUAUAAGUUCAUUAAAAUUAAUGAAUUUCUUUAUUAUCAUUAUUUUAUAGAAACCUUAUUCAAUUCAAAUCAAGAUAUUAUUAUGUUUUUAAAAGUAUUACGAUUUGCUUAAACCAUGAAACAUAUAUAAUCUAUAUAGAUAUGGUGUACUUAGAAAUUAUACCUGUAUACUAUUUUUUUUAAUAAACCUCUUACAAAAAAUAUCCUAUUAUUUAGAUUACCAAAUAAAAAAAAUAUGUGUUGGUUUUUCUGCUGUUGUUUCUUCCAUACUUUUAAGUUUACUAACUAAUUUAGAUUAUUUAUUUAUCUGACUAUUAACUAAUUACAUUAUAUUGUAAAAUUGUAAUUUAUAAACUUUAUGAAAUAAUAAAAUUCUAACUUGUAUUAAGAUAGGGGACAUAAUAUACAUAUAUUUGAAAACUAAUUUUUUAAUAGAUACAAAUAAUUUUUAAAAAUUAGUCAUAUUUGUAAUUCGUCUUGUAACUACAAAUAAUAGAUAGCAAUAUUUUAUAGUACAGGAAGUUAAAAAAUUAUUUAUAAGUUUUAUUCUUGUUAUAACUUGAAUUAAGAUCUUAAGUUUGUGAAAAAAGUAAAGAUAUUUUAAAAGACUAGAAAAAUAUUAAAUUAAAAUAAAGAAAGAGACAAAUUAUUUAGAGCAUAUAUUUACAAUAAUUGUUAAAAUAUUGUUACCGUUUGAUUUUAUAGAAUAUCAUUAUAGAAUGCAAGAAUCUUUACUUUACUUACAGCUAGUACAUACUAAGUAGGGCAUGUAUAAAAAAGAGAUCACUAAAUAUAGAGACAUUCAAACAUAUAACCAUUGGUUAAUAGUCAACUGUAACAUCACUUUAAUAAAGUUCACAUAAGAUAAUUUUAACAACAUAUUUUUCGAAGUAUCUAUUUGCUGUGAGUUCUCUAUCAACUUUAAGUAAAGAUCUUGUAAAAUGUUAGUUUUUGUAAGAGGUAAUUUGUACUUAAAACAAUCAUCUAAUUAGUGUCUUUAUGUUGAGAGCCGUAUCUUCCUUAGAUGGUAUAUCAACCCCAAAAAUAAUAAACAAAUAUAGCAGUGUAUUAGACAUAUCCCCGAAAAUGUCAGAUGUUUCUAUAAGCAGAUACUCCCUUACAAGGAUUGUUCGUAUAUUACAAUACGCUUUGAUGUUGAUUGUGUAAAUAUAUAUUUAGUAGUUUAAGUUAAUAAUUUAGGAUAUUAUAAAUAAAUUACACCGUAGAUUAUUAGGGUAAUAACAAAAUGUUAGUUCAACUUUUAAGUAUUUUAAGUUUCUUAGAAUUAAUAGUAUCUGUACAAUUUAUUGCAAUAAAUAUAUUUUUAUUUCAAAAUA